GAGGCUACGUAGUUGAGAAAUUCCGACGUAGGAAGAACGUCGACUGUGUUCUGUGCUCAAGAGCUCAUCACCCAAAAGGAAAUAAGGAUUCAUCCUUGUUCCGGAUUUCGAGGGCUGACAUCCCGCAGGAAGAGCGAGGACCCGCGAAACAAACCGGAAGUAGAGUAGUCAGGAUGGAGCGAAAAGCAGCUCUUUUGCUGACUUUAUUAUUUGUAUCAGCAGCAGUUUCGGUUACUCAGGCUACAAAUUCUACUUCUCCUUCUACUGCUAAACAAGUAGAUGUGCACCCAAGAACAGAGAAGGAUGAAACGCCGGUACCAACUUCGAUAACGACUCCUCAAGAGGUUAAAUUAACAUUUGAUGAUGUUACGACGAAAAAAUUAGAUUAUGAAAAGCAUAAUAUAAACCCCAAGGAAGCACUUCUCCAAGAAAUUCGUUCCCUUGAUGAAGAAGCUUCAACUGACAGGCUCCAAGAAGCACUUGCAAAAGCAAUCAAAGCAGAGGCUCAGAAAACAAAACCUGUUCUUAAAGUGCCUUCCUUGCGCAAAAAUACGACAGUCACUAUCAAAACGAUCAGCAACUCCACUGACAAAAAUAAUUUAAAAGACUUUCUCGAAUCAGAGGACAUGGUUUAUAAUGAUGAACUAGAUGAUGAGGACGAGGAAGAUGAAGACGAAGAUGAAGACGAAGAAUAUGAUGACGAUGACGAAGACGAUGGUGACGGUCUCGAUGAGGACGAAGUCAACACCCAAUGUCCUGAAUCUUGCAAAUGUGUUGGGGAAUAUGCAGCUGCCACGACUGCAAAAUGUACCAGAUUGGACGAGAAACAAUCUUUCGGUCCAGGAAUUGCGCAUCUAAGAAUCGAGAACGCUGACCCAAUUUACCUGGGACCUCUAGCUUUCCGCGCCAGAGGUCUCCAGCAAUUGGAGUCUAUAACUUUCGUGGACACCCCCAUUUUGGAAUUGGACAAAACAGCUUUUGAUGGAAUUCCCUAUCUAUUCGCUAUUAACUUCACCAGAAAUGGUUUGGACGACAUCCCAGUGGACAUUUUCCAAAACAACACCCAGUUGAGUCUUCUUACUAUCUCUGGAAACCCUAUGAAACACUCCCAGAUUGCCCUCAAGGCCAAGGCUAGGGAAUACCUUCUUGAUGCUCCAAGUGUCACUGAACUGGACUUUUCUGACAACUCCAUUCCCAGAUUGCCUCACACAGCUUUCUACAAGAUGCCCAAUCUGGUAUACAUCAAUCUGAAGAACAACAAACUGAAGAUUGUUGAUAAGGCUCACUUCAGUUCCCUGGAUUCUCUGGUAGAACUUGACCUGUCCAACAAUGAGCUGCAGGAGAUACCAGUUGACCUCUUCCAUGGAAAGUUGAUUCAGACCUUGAGAGUUGCAGGAAACAACUUGACAACCUUGAGUACUGUCAUUGCUGAGAAGUUGACAACUCUGGAUGCUUCGAAUAAUAAAAUUAAACUCAUCCACAAGGAUGAUCUCAUUGGACUUCCAGCUCUUGAUCAGCUUACUAUUAGGUCAAAUGGGCUCAGAAGGAUCCAUCAGCAUUCUUUCAGUCAACACGAUCAGCUGACUUAUCUUGACAUCAGUGAUAAUAAACUUACGACCUGGAGUGAACAUCAUCUGAGGACCAAUUCAAGGUUGCAGAUUCUUUUGAUGAAUGACAAUCCUGAGCUAGAUUCUCUUCCAGUAUUCAGACCUAUUAACCAGGAGUAUGAUACUUACAGCAUAUAUCGCUUCGAAUGCGCCAACUGCGGCUUGACCCAACUCUCUGAGGGAACUUUCGAUUUCAUGCCAGCCUUGACCAGCGUGAAUCUUGCCAAGAAUUACCUGACAGGACUUCCUAAGAAUUUACUCAAAUCACUCUCUUCCCUCAUCGAACUCGACCUCUCUGACAACCGGAUCAAAACCCUUGACAACAACAUGUUCCAUGGAGCCUCCACAUUAACCAAACUCAAUCUUGCUGGAAAUCUGUUUGUUUCUCUUCAAGUUGCUCCAUUCCUUGCAACGCCAAAUCUCUCCAAACUCGAUGUCAGCAGGUGUGCUCUCGAGAGAGUUUGGAGUGAAGCCAGAGUACCACUCAAGAGUCUUCGAUUCCUGUCGGUUCGUGGAAACCGCCUUCAGAGAAUCACAAUAGAAGAACUGAGAGCAACUCCCAAAAUUUCUGGUUUCGAUAUUUCCCAAAAUCCUUUGAAUUGUGAUCAUGAUUUCAACGAAGCUAUUCAAUGGUUGAUUGAACAUGGAGUUACUCCCAUCGAAAGCCUGAAGUACAUCAGCAACUACGCCAUGGCUGAAGAUUAUUCUGAAUCAGAAGGUGGCGCUCAGUGGACUGAUUUGGCUAAGGUUGUUUGCGACAGCAUUGACUUUGGACCACCACCAAGACCAAAACCACACAAGCCUAUUGUUUAUGAUGUCUUGAAAAAUGAUUUGUCAGAUGACAUGCCGUUCGAUCAUGGACAGAAUCAUGAAAACGAAUUCGAAGAUGCUUGGUCAACUGAAGAACAGGAAGAAUACGAAGACUAUACUCCAGAGGCAACCUUGACUUAUCAUCCCUUCUACAGGAAAGCUCUUUGGCCAGUUUUGACAGUGGUUGUCGUCACUAUCACACUUUUGCUAUCAGUCGUUCAUUUCACUAUCUGUUUGGCUAAGCGCAGAGGUCGUGGUCCAGUAAUCAGGCCACCAAUGAUUCUUCGACAAGGUCUUGUGGACAACAAAAAUUGUGGUCUGGUCUACAAACCUCUUCAAGAAGAAAUAGCAACACCCCACAUGCCCAAAAGGGGUGCAUUCUACUCAAGCAGUACCUUCCACUACGAUAAAAUCGUACCCGAAAGCGUCUAAUUUUCCAAAUGUCUUCCCAAAAGCGUUUCUGUGAAGUGCAAAUUAAGGAAACUAUUUGUGAGGAGAUGCGAAAACACGUAGACUCGUGAGACUGAGAAUACAUACUAGAAUUUUUCGCACUGUGUUGAGAGGGUGGUUUUAUGGAUUCAGGAGAUUAUCCUAUCUUGGACGAUUUAGACAAUUAUUUUAUUUCCUCAUGAUGAAAUAAUUCUGUAAUAGGUGUGUCCCGGAAAAGAAAAUUUUCCAGGGAGUGGGAGUUUUUAAAAAUUUGUUAAUUGUCCACAAAUCAUUCUCUCAACGUGGCACACGAUCCUCAUCUUGUAAAGAGUUUCGAUAUACAACCUACGAACAAAUGAUACUUAAUAUCGCGAAUUAGCAUUUCCGGAUGAUCAACCUAUUAAUUUUAAUUUUCGGCCCUUUACACAAACAUUUUUCAAUUCCAAUUUUUUUUGAGAAGCCUUAUUAGUCUGAGGACUUGUGAUCAUGUUCGGAUCCUUGAUGAGUGGAAUUUUAUCGGCUUCGAUGAUUCGGUUUUACAUCGAGAAAUCGUGGCAGAAAAUACUUACAAUAAUUUAUAUCGCUCUACAUUUUCUACAAGUUAAUAGCGAGUAACUUUUAAUCCUUCCAAUGAUUUUACAUUAAAGACUUAUACAAUUAUAGUCCUGGGUCGUUUCAGAGUUUCGAUCAACUCUCAAAGGAAUUCUCUGUACAACAGAAAGUUUUU